AUGGCGUCGUCCAAGGACCGACUGACGGACCCAGAAUGGAAGCGACAGAAACCAACCACCCCUUACAGGUGUCUACCCGUAGUGCACAAGACAACAUACUCAGGAGCACUGCUCGAGUUCUCGGAGGUCCUGCCAAUUGAGCGGUAUCUUGCGGACAAAUUUGGGUUGGCGGGAUCAGAUCCUUGGGAAAGGUUCCAGGCCGAACAAUUCGUGUUGUCGAUAGAGAGCAGUCAGUUGAUGUACCACUACAAGGUUCUCUUACCGAAUUGA